AUGAUCCGCCGGCGGAGCAGCCGCAGCAGCCCCGCGCGUCACCGCGCGGCCGCCUCCCCCGCCCCCUGCCGAGAGAGCGGCGCACACCCCUCGCUCGCACCCGCCUGCCCGCCCGCCCUCCAGAGUGUGGGGGGAUUGGAGACGGUGAAGGAGGGGAGUGGACAGACGGACGGAUGGACACGUCUUCGCCACUCAGCAGCUGUUUUACAAAGGCACAAGUACGUGGAUGAAGACCUGGGCGCUGAAGUGAGCACAGCUCUGAUUGGGGAUCUCGGGAAGCUUAUUCGCAUGGGCGAUCAGAAUUGGCUGGUUUCUUGGGCGGCCUGGGCGGUGUUCCUUCCGCGUGUGACCGCUUACAGCUAUGGCCGGGCUAGGUCUGCUUUUCGCCGCCUUGGUGCCUUGUCUGGAGCUGGGGCCUUGGCUUUGGCCUCCUACGGGGCGCACGGCGCCCAGUUCCCGGAUGCCUACGGAAAGGAGCUCUUUGACAAGACCAACAAACACCACUUCUUACACAGCCUGGCCCUGUUAGGGGUACCCCAUUGCAGAAAGCCUCUCUGGGCCGGGUUGCUGCUAGCCUCUGGAACCACCUUGUUCUGUACCAGCUUUUACUACCAAGCUCUGAGUGGAGAUCCUAGCAUCCAGACUUUGGGCCCAGUUGGAGGGAGCCUGCUAAUCUUAGGCUGGCUUGCCUUGGCUCUUUGAGAUCUUUUUUGUUUAGUUAUGGGCUUUCUGGGUAAUUUUUUAAGAGUUGGACCAUUAAAAAAGAAAAACAAAUAAAGAAAUUUGGAGACUUCGUUUAUCUAACAUCUAGGAGAAGAAAUGGUAGGGAUUUAACCUUUGAACUCCUUUUUCCUAAGACUGGGCCUUGCUUCUGGGAAUUCUGUUCUUUUCAAGUUAACGUGUUAUGUUCUGAAGAUGGCAGGCAUCAGAAUAUUUGAAAUGCUGCAGAUUCCUGUAAUCCCAGCACUCAGAAAGGCAGAGGCAGGAGGAUUGUGAGUUUGAAUCCAACCUGAGCUGCAUAGUGAGACUGUCUCAAAGAAAAGAAAUUGCAGAUUCCUACAGAGAUCCUCUAUGGCACCUGGGAAUCUGUGUUUUAAUAAACUCAUAUAGUUCUGAUAUUCACUGGAAUUUGAAGAUUACUGCAGGGUAGCGGUUUUCAACUCUGUUGUUAUUCUACAAGUUUGUUGCUUAUGUAUAUACUCAGAAGUGAGGGUUAAGGCAAGGCAGGACAGGAUUAUCAUUAGUUCCAAAAUACUUUGGG